UUUCCAGAAGAUCGGAGAGCCCAAAUUGGUCCCCAUAAAAACCCAGAGUUUUCAAAAUCCAAAAACCCUAGAAAUCGCAGGGCUUAUGUGCUUGGAAGAAUCGAAUGGGGAUCAUAAAGAGCUCGUUCUCCUUCAUACUGGGCGGGUUCACCGGAGUCUACCUAGCCCAAAACUACGCCGUUCCGAACAUCAAGAAGCUCGCCGACACUGCCGUAUUCAUGGCCAAGCAAAUCGAGGAGAAGUACCGCAAACCCAAGAAGAAAGACGAGGACUAGGAUCGGAGGAUUGACGGAGUUUCAAAACCCAGGUUCUGAUUUUGGGAGAUUCCUAAUUAAUUGUUUUUAGUUGAUGAAAGAGAUAUUAGUAAAACAAAAAGUAAUAUAAUUUGUGAUGGUUUUGUUACUUUGAGGAUUCAGGUUUACUGUCAAGUGAAAAUUUUUGGUCUUGUUUACUGCUAAUGAAAGGCUUUGGAGUAGUUUUGUGAUUGUGUCUGCUCUGCAUGUGAUUAGUUGCAUUAUGUGUUUGGUAGCUGGAUAUGAGGUUUUGAAUGAAAAACUGGUAUUUUGGAUUGGAGAUGCUUUGUGAAUCGCUUUGAAAAGUGGGUAGUCAGUAGUUAGAGUUUAGUCUUUUUAGUAUGAAAAGUGGGUAG